AUUCAGUUGCUUCAUAGUCUUCCAAAAGAAAAGAUCGCGAUUUUCUCGGUAAUUUACAAGAAGAAAAGACAAAAGAAAUAAAUUCUAAAUCAUGACGGAAAAUCAAGAACCGAUGCAAUACAACAAGGACGAAGUUACCCCACCGUCCUUCCUCAAUCAUGAUUUCUUUGUGAUGGUUCUAAGUAAAGCGGAAAAUGACAAGGAUCUUACGAUCACGGAGUUGGAGAUGAAACCAGGAACGAAGCCUGGUGAUCAUUUUGCCAGUAUCAUGUUCAAAGCGAUUGUUUCCUACAAGACAAGAGGAACGGAAGUUCUUGGGAGGUCCUUGGUUGUAAAAACAGUGCCCAUUGAGGAGGGCUUAAAGAAGGAUUUUCUCACAGAGAUGCCAAUUUUUACAAGAGAAACCGACAUGUACACCAAAGUUCUCCCCGAAAUGAAAAGGAUAAUGGAAUCAAUUGGAGAUGAUGAGGAACUAGCUCCGAGACUGAUUUACCACUCUAGCGAUCCAGUGGUACUGAUUUUUGAGGACAUUUCAAAAUUCGGCUAUGAAAUGCAAUAUGACUUCUAUAACUUCGAGAAUACCAUGAAGAUUGUCAAGAAAUUAGCAAAAUACCACGCUCUCUCCUUUUUCAUGAAUGAUAACAAAUACGGCAACAAAAUUGAUUUUACCGAGUACAAGCAUGUAAUGAAGGAUGAAAUGAUUGAACAAAUGAAGGUAUUCUUCGAUGGAUUUCGCUAUCUAAAAGAUGACAUUAAAACCUGGCCUGGGUAUGAGGAAAUUGGAGAGAAAAUUGGGGCACUGGAGAAGACUUUCACGAAGAAUUUAUUCAAAGUUUAUGAACCAAACCCCGAACCAGGAUUCAAUGUGCUCUGUCAUGGUGACUUUCACAUUAGGAACAUGAUGUUUAUCAAGAACAAAGAUGAUUUGGAAAAGACAAUGUUCUUGGACUUCCAAAUCUGCUUCUGGGGAUCACCAGCUGUUGAUUUAAUUUACAUCCUAUACUCAAUUGGAGACACAGAUACCCGCAAAAGACGCGGAGAAAUGUUGAGGAUCUACCAUGAAGCCCUUACGGAAUAUCUCAAUCGAUUGGGAUGCCUGAAGAAACCUCCAUCACUGCUACAGCUCAACAUUGAGAUGCUCCAGAGGGGACCUAUGGAAGUCUUCUGGAGCACAUGUAUCUUCCCAUUCUUCUGCAUGGACUUCUCAAAAGUCGACAUGGAAACUGUUUUUACACCGUCCGAAGAUAACAUGCUUGAAAUGAGAAAAGCAAUGUACAAAAAUCAAAGAACGGUGAACCUUUUGAAAGAAGUCCUUCCGGAUCUUCUUUAUAAAGGAAUUCUAGAUUAAUAAGAUAGAAUGUUUUGAUAUUAGAAGUUUUAGUUCAAUUGAUUUUUCAAUGUUGCUAAAUAAAAUUGAUUUUUUGUGAAAUAAUAUGCAAUAAAAUUAAAUGUCUAAUAAAUAAA